AUGGGAAAUGGCUCAUCAGUCCCUAAGGUGACAGCUCAGGAUCGGGCAGUACUGGACUUGAAGAAUCAGCGGGACAAGCUAAGGCGAUAUCAGAAGCAGAUCCAGCAUGUGUUAGAUCGAGAGCAGGCCAUCGCGAAAGAAGCUCUCGCCGCCGGAAAGAAGGAUCGUGCUCUCACAGCGCUAAGGAGGCGCAAAUACCAGGAAGGCCUACUAUCCAAAACGGAUGCACAAUUAGAAACUUUACAAGGCCUCGUAUCAUCCAUUGAAUUCUCGUUAGUGCAACGCGAUGUAUUACAUGGGUUGAAGCUGGGUAACCAUGUGCUCUCCGAACUUCACCGGCAAAUGAAGAUAGAAGAUGUCGAGAAACUAAUGUCCGAGACAGCGGACGGUAUUGCGUAUCAGAAAGAAAUCAACGAACUCCUUAUGAAUGAAAUAACAAAUGAGGAAGAGGACGCCGUCCAGGAAGAAUUGGCUCGAUUGGAGAGAGAAGCCCUUCCCCAACGAACCCAAACCGAAGGUAUUCAUCUCCCGGACGUUCCUGCGACGGAGCCGGAACGACAAACCGAGGACGCCACUGCAGCUUCUCCUGAGCGGGUUGCUCUUCCGGCCUGA